AUGGCUUAUGUCGGUGGAACUGUUCCUUUAGCUGUAGCUCCUAUUCCUGCAGCUCCUGUUGUUGGUGGUUACCUUCCUGCUGGUGGUUUAUGGGAGCCUUAUCGGCUAGGAAGUUCAUAUCAUCAUUAUGGCGCUGUUCACUAUGGUCCGCCAAAUUUUUACCCAUUGGCAUCAUAUGACGCACCUUAUGGGUAUGCCGUUUGGUAG